AUGUUCUUGUCCAGGUCGCCAAGGAAUGCAUUCCUCAACUCCGGUUCGAAGACAACAGCCCGCAGCUUCUCCACCCCGGCAAGAACGUCUUUCAGGAUGACACAAGAGCAGAGCAAGGCCAGCAGUCCCGCGGCCCAAACAACCGACUGGUCGGCGAACCAGUAUCUCAAAUUUGGCAACGAGCGCACUCGCGCCGUACGAGAGCUCGUCGCGCAGAUCCCACUCUCGAAUCCCGCGCGCAUCAUCGACGUGGGAUGCGGACCAGGCAACUCGACGGCGGUGCUGGCAGCCCGCUUCCCUGAUGCUCACAUCUCGGGCAUGGACUCGUCCCCGGACAUGCUGACCAAGGCACGCAAGGCCAUGCCCGGUGUUGAGUUCGUCCAGGGCGACCUAAAGACAUACGAGCCCGAGCCCGGCGCUGACCUGGUCUUUGGGAACGCCGUCUUCCACUGGCUGCGGCUCGAGGACCGGAUCCCCACCAUUCUGCGCCUGCUCAAGACCCAGAAGCCCGGUGGCGUGCUGGCCUUCCAGGUGCCCGACAACUAUGAGGAGCCCACGCACAGGGCAAUGAGAGAGACGGCCCUGCUGGACGGCCCGUGGACCGAGCACUUCCAGGCGCUACCGGCCGACCAGCGGCCCGACUUCGACCCCAUCGAGAACCCUGCCGACUACUACAACGCCCUGAUACCGCUCUGCGACAAGGUGGAUAUAUGGCACACGUAUUACCAGCACCCCCUGGACGCGCCCGCCUCGAUCGUUGAAUGGGUCAAAGGCAGCGGGCUCCAGCCUUUCCUCAACGCUCUGCCGAACCAGGAGGUGCGAGACGAGUACCUGAAGGCUUACGAGAAGAGGAUCGCGGAGCUGCACCCCAAGCUGGCCGAUGGUAAGGUCCUGCUGAGAUACCCGAGGCUGUUUGUGAUUGCAACAAGGAAGUAA